AUGUCCAUAACGUCCUUCGACAACAAGCCCGGAACAGGCGGCUUCUUGAAAUUCAACUCCGGCCCGCCGCGCAUUUAUCUCACCUGCGCUCUACCAGCCCCAGAGAAGGCGCUGCUAUCCUGGCGCGAAGAAGGCUACGAUGCGCAAUACCUGCCUUACGAUACCAACACGCAAAACCAAGCAGCCUACAUCCGGUCCCUGAAAGAACUAUCCAUAAACUUGAACCUGGGCGAGAACUACGCGAUAAUAGCUUAUGGCGACGCAGCGAGCGUCGUCUUGAAAACAGCACAGAAGCCCUUGGCGAAAUGCUGCGCUAUCAUAGCGUUUUACCCAAGCGUGCUACCAAGCCCUAAGACCAUGUAUCCGAAUUCGCAUCAGCUGCAAGUCCACAUAGCGGGACUCAGCCAGUCUAGCCCAAGACCAGAUAUGUGCGAAUGGAAGCUGUAUCGGUACGAGAAGUGUGCCACAGGGUUUGCGGACCCAUCGUCGCGAGCGUACUCGGAGGUGGAGGCAAACCUGGCAUGGACAAGAGCGCUAGCAUGUAUACGGAAAGGAUUUGGGAAGAAUGUGGACCUUGAACCGAUUGCGCUGAGCCACUGGAACGCGAGGUUUGAGGACGACGACCCUGAUCGCGCGAGUAUGAGUGUGGUGAAGAAUAUGACGCAGGAUAGCCCGCAUGUCACGAUCUUGCCGACUAUGCAGGGAGGCGUGGGGAGGAAGAAGCUCGCGGAGUUUUACGGAGAGUUCUUCGUACCUAGUUUGGUGGAGGACUUUUCCAUACGGUUGGUCUCGAGGACUAUGGGUGUCAAUCGUAUAGUGGACGAGAUGAUCGUGUCUUUUACACAUUCUGACGAGGUUGACUGGGUGCUGCCAGGCGUGCCGCCAACGAACAAGCGAGUGGAGAUACCCAUGGUCAGCAUUGUGGCGGUAAGAGGAGACAAGCUGGUUUCAGAGCAUAUGUAUUGGGAUCAAGCAUCUGUUCUUGUGCAGGUCGGCUUGCUGGAUCCUAGGAUGGUUCCGAAGAAGUUGAAGAAUGAUGGACUGAAGGCGAUGCCUGUCGUAGGGGCGGAGGCAGCAAAGCAGUUGGUUGAACCGCAACAGAACCGAUAUAACAAGCUGCUACAGAUGCACGGUUUUAUGGACGGUUUGAAUGGCAACUAG